AAACAAAUUUCACCAUUAUUAGACUGACUCUCAAGUGUUCAUAAUUCAUAUUUAUUAUUUUGUGAUGCAGGUAUUUUUAUUUGUAAACAUUGUAAUCGUUUUUAAAUAGUUUGUUGAUUUGUGAUCGUACCGUCUUAAUUUUAAUACUAUAUAAAUUAUCAUAAAAUCAGAUCAUCCUUAAGUUUUUUUGGUCGAAUACGAAAAGUAUUACAACAAGAUUACAAAUUUUAGAUUUAAAAAUAGGUAUAUGUAGCAUAUUUAAUGAAAACAAUGUAAUGAUGAUGGAGCAGAGAGAAUUUGAUGAGGAUGUUAUGCCAAGUGCUGUAGAUGAUGACGAAGAUGUGUUCAAAGACCUGUUAAAUGUACCAGCCGAUUGGUCAGCAAACGACUGUUUGUCCACCGGCAUUUUCAAUUCGUUUGAUCCCGAUGAAGUUGUGUAUCGGGCCCAAAAGAAACCAUGUAAAACAGUCGGUAAAUAUGUAAUGGGCGAUUUAUUAGGAGAAGGUAGUUAUGGUAAAGUUAAAGAAGUACUUGACUCAGAAACGCUUGUUCGCUGUGCAGCUAAAAUAUUAAAGAAGAAAAAACUCAAACGAAUACCUAAUGGAGAAAAAAAUGUGCUCAAUGAAAUUCAACUUCUAAAAACUUUGAGACAUUUAAAUGUCAUAGAGUUAGUAGAUGUGAUAGUCAAUGAAGAAAAAGAAAAAAUGUAUCUUCUUUUGGAAUAUUGUGUUGGUGGUCUUCAAGAUAUGCUAGAACACUCUCCAGGAAGUAAAUUUCCAUGCUGGCAAGCUCAUAACUACUUUAGUCAGUUAAUAAAUGGACUAGAGUAUUUGCACAGCCGUGGAAUAAUUCAUAAAGAUAUCAAACCAGGAAAUUUAUUGCUUACACUUGAUGAAACACUUAAGAUAUCAGACUUUGGAACUGCUGAGGCACUAUCACCCUUUGAUCCAGAAGGUAUUUGUGCAUCUAGUCAAGGCUCACCAGCAUUUCAACCACCUGAAAUAGCAAAUGGAGCUGAUGAGUACUCUGGCUUUAAAAUAGAUAUUUGGAGCAGUGGUGUUACAUUGUAUAAUUUAGUUACAGGAGAGUAUCCAUUUGAAGGUGAUAAUGUAUAUAGAUUAUUUGAAGCAAUUGGGAAGUGUAAUAUACAAAUUCCAAGCUUUGUGACAGAACCUUUGAGAUCUUUGCUAGUUGGAAUGCUUAAAAAAGAUCCAAAGAAACGAUUUACUUUAAGAACAAUUCAAACACAUCCGUGGUUUGUUUGUAGGCAUCCAAGAACAUCUGAAAAAGUACCUUUUCCUCCUUUGCGUGGUGAUUUCAUGCAUAAUAUGACUGUAUUGCCGUACCUAUUCAACUAUCAUUCGUGCGAAACGCCUUCUGAAAAUGAAGAAGAGUAUAUAACUGAACAAUUAAUUAAAGAUCGACCGAAUGGGAGUGCAUCAGUUCCCAUCGAUGAUGUCAAUGAUCCAUCUAAACGACCUUGGCACAAGCCAAUUAUGUGUAAUGUUAAAAAAAUGGCCUCAUGUCGAUUGUCAUGACAUUUGUCGCUCAUUUUAGCA